AUGUCUUCGAACUAUCCUCAGGAUGUUACCACAACACCGGUAGCAUUGGUAGAUGUCAACAAAGCGAAAUUACCUUAUAUGCCUUUGGAAGUUCAAUUUUUGAUAGUCAAUUCAGUCUCAGAGGAAUAUUUUCCGGAGGCUUGGUUUGCAUUCCGCUUGGUUUGCAAAGCCUGGAAGGCAGAAAUUGAGAAAACUUUUCUGCAGAAGUAUAUCGGCAAAACUUAUAUUACUCUCUCCAAUCUCGGCUGCCGGAUAAGAAUCCUGGAGUGUGUCGCGAUUUCAAGGGAUCGCAACAAUGCCCUCUUCACCAUGGAGGGCCCAAAACAGGCCUUGGCCUAUGGAUACUUUGGUCAUUUGGCCAAAGGCGCGGUUACUCCCCCUGAAGCCGAUAUUGACAGGAUUUAUCACCUCGGAAUGAUUGUAGGAAUGGCCUGCACUGACCCUAAGUUAGAGGGAAUAGAGAUAGAUUUCGAACAAGAAACGAUAUCUAUACCUUGGAUUCCAAUGAUCAAUCAACUACUGGGUGAUGAAGUUCGUCUACGCCGUCGAGCAGUCAAGAUUCUUGAUACAGGGUCACAAUCCCGCCAUCCGCAAACGACAGUUAGCAGGCCCGAUCAGUCCCUAUUACUAUUUCUACCCAACUUGAAUACGGACAAAGCGAUGAGAGAGAUGUUACUCAAAAUCAUUAACCGCGAUGAUUGCUUCAUGCUUGAGAUCGACAGUGUUCGCGAGUCACGAAUACGACGACAGUAUACGCCAAGCCAGCAUGGAUUAGACGCCGGGCUCUACCGUGACAUUAAAAGGUUUCAGGCAAAGACUCCCGAGAUAUUCCGUACACGGAAUUACGUUGCCGGUACUCUGACGUUCGGCUAUCGAUGCCAGCCCUAA